UUUUGACUAUUUUUUAGCUGUAUAUAUUGAUUAGUGCUAACGACUGCUUUUCCUUUACUCACAGAGCCUUUUUUUAGGCACUCACAGUGCUUGUUUAAGAACAUCAGAACCUCUUUAUGGCGAACUUGAUAGUAUUGAAGAGCGAAGAGCAACAAAGGCUUUCUAAAUUAAAGAAAGAAGAUAGAAGGGAAGAUCUGAUUAGCAUAUUGCCUAAUGCAAUUCUCCAGCAUAUCCUCUCCUUCCUUCCCACCAAAGAUAUUAUACGAACAUCGAUACUAUGCAAGAGAUGGAAAAACCUCUGGACUUCAAUUUCCAACAUUGAUUUAUGGGAUUCAAUUGACAUAACAAAGAGUGAUUACUUAAAGCGUCGGGCUUCCUUCUUGGAUUCUGUGGAAAGAAUACUUCUCCAGCACGAUGAUUCAAACAUCGAAAGGCUGCGUCUUUCAUUUAAAAUGCCGGUGAAUCCUACCCGUGUUUAUUCAUGGAUUUCAGUUGCUAUAAAACAUAAUAUUAGAAAGCUUGAUGUUUCCCUACCUUUAGGAUGCAUAUAUUCUUUACCUUGUGACCUUUUUACUUGUGAAUCCCUUACCGAAUUAAGACUAUAUAUGGCCUGCUUUUUCAAUCCGAGUUUAAUUCAUUGGCCAAAUUUAAAAGAACUGCAUCUUUCCCAAGCAACCAUUUUCAACAGAAGUUCUACACAGUUUUUCUCAAGCAUCCCAUUGCUUCAAAACUUGGUGUUGGUGAAUUGUGAAUGGGAAAACAUUAGGCGUCUCAGCAUUUCGGUUCCCAAUUUGAGAUGCCUGAUUUUUAAGCAGUGUUCAGAUCCCGAGGAUCUACUUGAUUGUGAGAUAGUAGUUCGUGUUUCAAAUCUUGUUUACUUGAAUUGUAUAAGUAACUUCUCAGUUAAUCUUCUAGUAUCUGCAUGUUUACUGGAGAAUGCAUCUAUUGACGUUUUUAAUUACGAAGAAGCAGAGGAAGAAGUUAGCGGCCGUAGCAUCAGAAUGCUUAACGGAAUCAAGAGCGUUAGAUCAUUGACUAUAUCUCAUGACUCACUUGCGAGUCUUUCUGGAGUAAGAGAUUUAUCUGAUGUGCCUGUUUUUCAAAAUUUGAUCCAUUUGAAAGUAGUUCGUGAAAUGUCUAGAGACACAAUAGAUAUUUUAUUGGACAUGAUGCAGAGAACACCAAAUCUUAGAAUCCUUGAAAUUGCAGAGGGACUCAUUCAGGACGCAGAAUUCAUUUUACAUGAAGACGAUCUAAAUUUUGAAACAAUUCCUUGCUGUUUGAGAUCCCAUCUCAAGGUCAUUAGCAUGAAGGCUAUCUAUGGGCAAGAAGCUCCAAUACAUCUGCUAAAACAUUUCUUGAAGCAUUCAGCUGAUAUUCAAAGGGUGGUGGUACAUUAUCCGAACUAUACAUCAGACUAUAUGGGAAAGCGAGAGAAAUUCGAGAACCAGCUACUCAUGCUCCCUAGAAUCUCAGAAAACUGUGUCAUCGAAGUCUUGGACCAGCCUCUAUAAGUUACUUUGCUUUAAGAUUUGAUGAAGUGGAAGACAUUAUGUAGCGUGUAUUUCUAUCUUUUACUUUGCAUUUUUAGCUAUUAUUACCAUUCUAGAAUUUUUAAUUCAUUUGCUUUGUGUCUCGUACAUUGAAUGCUGUUAAUAAAUGUCCAAUUCCAACUUUC